CCUGGAGUGCACGUUUGCCGCUAUCUUCUAAUCGAUGAUCGAUUUUAUUUUAGUUCAACAAAAGAUGGCGGACCGAACGCCUGGUGGCUCUCAAAAAGCUAGCGCUAAGGCGCUGCUUGAGAGCAAACUGAAGUCUUUCAGCAUUGGUAAAAUGGCAGUGGCAAAGAGGACCUUAAGCAAGAAGGAACAAGAUGAAAUAAAGAAAAAAGAGGAUGAGCGGGCAGCAGCAGAGAUUUAUGAGGAGUUUCUUGCUGCUUUUGAAGGAGGAGGCGAUGGCAAAGUCAAAGCCUUUGUCCGUGGUGGUAUUGCAAAUGCAACAAAAGAGGAGGCAGCUGCUGAUGAGAAGAAAGGGAAAUUGUACAAGCCCAAGUCACGUUUUGAGACCCAAACCCCAAAAAGCUUCUUGCCUUUGGAAACCCCACCUCAGUUUUUACCAGUAGACAAAAGACAUCCUGUGAAGAAAAGUACUGAAAAGGAAAAGAAGAAGAGCAACUUGGAGCUAUUCAAAGAAGAACUUAAACAAAUACAGGAGGAAAGGGAUGAAAGACACAAGCUGAAAGGACGUGUUAGUCGUUUCGAACCUCUCGCGGGCACAGAUGGAAGACGCUCAUCGGAUGGUUCUUCAAGAAGAAACCGUCCGUCCAGUGUUUUGGAUGAUUGUGCGCCAGGUUCCCAUGAUGUUGGAGACCCAUCCACCACUAACUUGUAUCUCGGAAACAUCAAUCCACAGAUGAAUGAGGAAAUGCUGUGUCAGGAGUUCGGCCGCUAUGGCCCGCUGGCCAGUGUGAAGAUCAUGUGGCCGAGGACAGACGAGGAGAGGGCUCGGGAGAGGAACUGUGGCUUUGUGGCUUUCAUGAACAGGAGGGAUGCUGAGCGAGCGCUCAAGAACCUAAAUGGAAAGAUGAUAAUGAAAUUUGAGAUGAAAUUAGGAUGGGGCAAAGGCGUGCCCAUUCCACCCCAUCCCAUCUACAUCCCUCCUUCCAUGAUGGAGCACACACUCCCACCACCUCCCUCUGGCCUACCCUUCAACGCACAGCCCCGGGAGAGGCUAAAGAACCCCAAUGCUCCAUUGCUUCCUCCACCUAAAAACAAGGAGGAGUUUGAGAAGACUCUGUCGCAAGCCAUAGUCAAAGUGGUUAUCCCAACAGAAAGGAAUUUGCUCUCUCUCAUCCACCGAAUGAUCGAGUUUGUGGUGCGUGAAGGCCCAAUGUUUGAAGCCAUGAUCAUGAACAGAGAAAUCAACAAUCCCAUGUACAGGUUUCUAUUUGAGAACCAAAGCCCAGCACAUGUAUACUACCGGUGGAAGCUGUACUCCAUACUACAGGGUGAAGCACCAGUCAAAUGGAAGACAGAGGACUUUAGGAUGUUUAAGAAUGGCUCGUUGUGGCGUCCACCUCCUCUUAAUCCAUAUCUCCAUGGGCCUUAUGAUGAUGGCGAGGAGGAGGAGGAAGAGGAGGAGGGCAGCAAGAAAGGCUGUUUGAAGGAAGAAGAGCGGGACAAACUAGAGGAGAUGCUGCGUGGUUUGACUCCCAGGAGGGGAGACGUAGCAGAAGCCAUGUUGUUUUGUCUCAGCCAUGCCGAAGCAGCUGAAGAGAUUGUCGAGUGUGUCACAGAGUCUCUGUCCAUCCUCAAAACCCCUCUACCCAAAAAGAUUGCACGGUUAUAUCUAGUUUCUGAUGUGCUGUACAACUCGUCUGCCAAAGUAUCCAAUGCAUCUUACUACAGAAAAUAUUUUGAAACAAAGCUCUGCCAGAUUUUCGCAGACCUCAACGCGACAUACAAAACGAUACAGGGCCACCUUCAGAGUGAGAACUUUAAGCAACGAGUCAUGGCAUGCUUCCGGGCAUGGGAGGACUGGGCUGUGUACCCAGACCCCUUUCUUAUCAAGCUGCAGAACAUCUUCCUGGGUCUAGUUAAUCUCUCUGCAGAGAAGGAACCCCCUGUCGUUAUUGUGGAGGCUGAGCCAGCAGAGGACAUUGAUGGGGCUCCAAUAGUGGAGUAUGUAGAUGGCGCUCUGCUGGAGGACGUGGAUGGGGUGCCAAUUGACGCAGGGCCCAUUGAUGGGGCCCCUAUUGACGGAGCCCCCCUGGAUGAUUUAGAUGGUGUUCCUAUCAAGCCCAUGGAAGAAGACAUAGAUGGAAUACCCUUGGAUCCGUCCAAGGAGUCGGCCUUCAAGGUUGCACCCUCGAAAUGGGAAGCGGUGGAUGAGUCUGAGUUGGAAGCUCAAGCUGUGACAACUUCAAAAUGGGAGAUAUUUGAACCGCCAGAAGAAACAAAAAAGAAUGACGAGGACAGCGAUGAUGAUGACAGGAGCCCUCGCUCAGAAGAUAAUCAGAGCUACUCCAACCCCAUCAGAGAUGAAUCUGAUAUAAAGGCCAAAAUGUCUGAAAUGAAUGAGGAGAAACGCACAAAGCUCAGAGAGAUAGAGGUUAAGGUCAUGAAGUUCCAGGAUGAGCUGGAGUCUGGGAAGAGGCCCAAGAAGCCUGCGCAGAGUAUUCAGGAGCAGGUGGAGCACUACAGGGACAAACUACUACAAAAGGAAAAAGAAAAGGAGAAACUUGAACGGGAGAGAGAGAGGGAGAAGAAAGAAAAGGAGAAAGCUGAAGCACGGUUGAAAGACUUGAAGAAGGAAAAAGAGAAGGAAGACACACCAACCAGGAAAGAGAGGAAGCGGCGUCACAGUGGGUCCCCCAGCCCAACGCGGACUAGCAGCAGACGAGGCCGCUCAACCUCCCCCCGUUCAGAGCGGUCAGAAAGAUCAGAACGCUCCGACCGCUCGUACUCUAAAGACACAUCUUCCCGCUCCACCCAUAAAGACUCCCCGCGCUCCAGCAACAAAAAGUCCUCUAAGAGAUCACCCUCACCUCGCACACCCAAACGAUCCAGGAGGUCGCGUUCCAAGACGCCCAAGAAAUCAGCCAAGAAGUCCCGCUCCAAAUCAAGGUCACCCCAUCGGUCUCACAAAAAAUCAAAGAAGAGCAAACACUGACACACAUUUUCUUUCAACCUCCAAACCAGCCUAUCCUCCUCCUUCCCUUUUUCUGCGCUGUUGUAUAAAAGAUUGACUGAAUGAUUUGGCAGCUGAAGAUCUCUGCUCAGAUGUUAAUGUAUAGACGAUGAAGAGUGGAGGGUGUUGCAUGGGUUGCCAUCUGGUGUAUCAAAUGGAUGGGGCCAUUGCUGUUUUAUAUUGUACAAAAAAUAAUGUGCUUGUGUGUCCUGAUUCCCCAUCACCUCCCAAUGGAAUUCAUCCAUGUGGUAGACCGCACCCGUACAGAGUGUGAUGACAAUAGUCAUAUUCAUGCUGUCAUUUUCUGUUUUUGUAGUUCACAUUAAAAAGAAUUCCUAAUAAAGUA